UUCGUUUACUCUCUCUACACUGUUUGACGUUGUAUCUGUUUUCUUUCUCGUAUGAGGCUAUUUUUACGGUUAGAAAAAUCACAUCCCUGGAUAAAAUUGUUCCCGCUUCUUACAAGGGAUGAAUUGUGAAUGUUGCGAAUUUCUACUUUAUCAAAUAUGGCAGGAAUAAAAUGUUGUACAACUUUAUUUCUGAUAUGUUUAUUUACGCGCUGUAUCUCCUCGACACAGUAUCGACGUACUGUAAAGUACCUAGCUCAAGGCCCCUACAACAUUGCCCAGAAAGAUUCCUCGGAGCUUGUUAUGUUUUGUUACGAUGGUAAACCAAAGAGCAUCAUAUAUUUAUGGCAAAGCAUUUAUGUGGACCUUGAUUUAAAACCAGAAAGUUACAAUUAUUAUGAAGGACCGACACCUGAUAUUGUGUACGGGGAGUACUUGGAACAACGUUCCAGUUGGAGCCUUAACUUAUUUGCUUGGAAACAGAAAUCAAUUAAGCUUGAUCCUUUCAAUCAAACAUGUUUAGGGAUUGAUACUAUGCAAAAGUAUAAAAUCUCAUUACAAGUUCUUAGAUUCGACUAUUGGAAGUUCCUCUGGUUAGUUUUAGGAGUGUUGCUUUUCUUUAAUGCAGGCACAUUAAGCAAAAAUACAUUGUUUUACUAUAUUUGCGGAGUUUCGUUUGGAAUAUGUGCAUCUUUCUUGAUAUUAAUUUAUUUUUUCAGUAGAAUGUUUCCAAAUCGUCCUUUAGUAUACGGUGUUGCAGUAUUUGGAUGGACUAUAGGAGUGUACAUGUUAGAACUGCUACGUGAAAAUAUUAAAAGUGUCGUUUUGAUCUACUACGAGUACUUAAUCUGGUACACAAUUAUAAUGGGACUUAUCAGCUUUGUAGUUUGUUAUCGUUGGGGUCCCGUAACAAAUGAACGCACAAGGAACCUAAUUCGUUGGAGUCUACAAGCAUUGGGUUUGGUUUUGGUCUUAAACAGCACACACUUCCAGGAAGCGGCAGUUGGGCAGAUAGCCAUUAUUAUUUUUAUAUAUAACUUUCCGACAAAGUGGGUGACGAGAUCAAAGACAUAUUGGAGGCGAAAAUUUCCGCCAAAAACUAAACGUUUAACCAACGCAGAGUACUAUCAAGAGGGUGUUAAAGAAACUUCUGAUGCUUUGGAAAAUCUGAGAAAGUACUGCUCUAGCCCAGAAUGCAACCAAUGGCAAACUGCACUUAAGUUGAAGGAUGUAAAAAGGUUUGCAUCGUUUAUACAAGGCAAUUCGCACUUGACUGAUGCAGAAAUUUUAGAAUAUGAAUCUUCAGUGGCAACAACAGAUGUAACUGAUGAUGAAGAAGAUUUAUUUACAGAUGAAGAAAUGUAAAGACUGAUAGUGAUAAUAAACGUUAAUUCUUUCACAAA